AUUACUUUAGAAGAGUUGAGAAAACUACACGAAGAUUUCAUAAACGAGAGAGAGUGGAAAAAGUAUCACACCCCUCGUAAUGUAACUCUCGCAUUGGUAGGUGAGAUUGGUGAGUUGGCUGAAAUUUUCCAAUGGAAAUCGGAUCAAAUGUGUGAAGAUGUGCAGCGAGACUUUUCUGAUAAAGAGAAGGAAAAUUUACAAGAUGAAUUAUCGGAUUGUUUAUUCUACUUGUUGAGAUUGUCUGAUUUGUGUGGUGUUAAUUUGCCUGAAGUUGCUUUUGAGAAAAUGAAGAAGAAUGCUCUCAAGUAUCCAGUUGGCAAA